AAAAUCACAAAACUUGGAUAAAACAAACCAAAAGGAAAAGUUGGAAAAAGAAAGAAAAAGCUCUGGAUUCGGAGUCGCAGAUCAAGAAAAAGACGAUGCCAAUAAAGGUAUUGUCGUCGCUGGACGCAGCUCGGAUACAAUGGUACCAUUUCAAAGCGAUAAUAGUCGCAGGAAUGGGUUUAUUCACCGACGCUUACGAUCUCUUCUGCAUCGCACCGGUCAUGAAAAUGAUUAGCCAUGUCUAUUACCACGGAGACUCCAUCAACACAGCCGUCCUCUCUACCUCUUUCGCCAUAGCUCUGCUCGGCACAGCAACGGGUCAACUCGUCUUCGGUUAUCUCGGUGACCGAGUCGGCCGUCGCCGAGUCUACGGUCUUUGCCUGAUCAUCAUGAUCCUAAGCUCCUUUGGCUGUGGCUUUUCUGUAUGCACGACUCGUCGGUCUUGCGUUAUGGUUAGCCUCGGUUUCUUUCGGUUUAUUCUCGGUUUGGGUAUCGGUGGUGAUUACCCGCUCUCGGCUACCAUUAUGUCCGAGUUCGCGAACAAGAGGACACGUGGCGCGUUUAUAGCGGCCGUGUUCUCGAUGCAAGGGUUUGGGAUUCUUGUGAGCUCCGCCGUGACGAUGGCUGUUUGCGUGGCGUUUAAAAGAGGUGGCGGCGGCGGUUUGGAGGAGGAGGAUGUUCCGGCGGAAGCUGACGUGGCGUGGAGGCUUAUACUUAUGAUCGGUGCUCUUCCCGCUGCUUUGACGUUUUACUGGCGAAUGUUGAUGCCUGAAACCGCAAGAUACACAGCACUUGUGGAAAACAACAUCGUCCAAGCAGCAAAAGACAUGGAAAGAGUCAUGUCGAUAUCUCAUAUCUCCGAAGAAACCACGACGGAGCCACCACCUCCUCCACUGCCACCUUCCUACAAACUCUUCUCCCGUCGCUUCCUCCGCCUCCACGGCCGCGACCUCUUUGCCGCCUCCGUUAAUUGGUUCCUAGUAGACGUCGUCUUCUACACAAGCAACCUCCUCCUCUCCCAAAUUUUCAGUCACUACUCCGAUAAACCUUCUUCCUCCACCACCGAAAACGUCUACGACGCAGCCUUUGAGGUGGCGGAAUUAGGAGCCAUUAUCGCCGCUUGCUCCACCAUUCCAGGUUACUGGUUCACAGUUUACUUCAUCGACAAGGUAGGUCGUGUCAAAAUCCAAAUUAUGGGAUUUUUCUUCAUGGCCAUUGUUUAUUUAGUCGCUGGGAUUCCGUACACUUGGUAUUGGUCAAAGCAUGAGCAGACUAAUAAAGGCUUUAUGGUUCUCUACGGUUUGGUUUUCUUCUUUUGUAACUUUGGUCCCAACACUACAACUUUUAUCAUUCCCGCGGAGCUUUUUCCGGCUAGGUUUAGGUCGACUUGCCAUGGCAUAUCCGGCGCCGCCGGUAAGCUUGGAGCUAUUGUGGGCACUGUUGGGUUCUUGUGGGCUACGAAGAAAGUGGACAGCAAUGAUACAGACCAGGUUUAUCCCAAAGUGAACCGUAUGAGAGUUGCUUUCUUGAUUCUUGGUGGCGUUUGCAUCGCCGGAAUCUUUGUGACGUAUUUCUUCACGAGGGAAACCAUGGGAAGAUCGUUGGAGGAAAAUGAGCAUGAACAAGAUAACAAUGAUGAGAGUGAAGAUGAGCCACAGAUUGUUGACGGGUAA